AGCUUCCAUCGGCCUGCGCUGCCAAGAAAUUGAGACUUGAGAGCAUAGGCGUGUAGACUUGCCUUUAAAGAGAGCAGUGGAGAGCGAUUCUCUCGCCACCAAAUCUCUUUCUUCCAUGGGUUUUCCUGUGGGCUACUCUGAGCUCCUCCUCCCCAAGCUCCUCCUCCAGCUUGUCUUCUUCCUCGGCUUCUUGCGGCAAAUCAUCUCGUCGGCCUUUGAUGCCGUCGGCCUGGGUGACCUCCUCGACUCCGAGACUCCAUGGCCCGAUCCACAGCCCCAAAUCCCAUACCAUACCACCGGAUGCCAACCCCAGGAGUUCCACUCAGUCUCGGCGAUGCUAAUACAGGAGAUCCUCCCGGUGGUUCGCUUUGAGGACCUUCUCACCGAAGAAGGGGAGAUCGAUCGGCGGCCAAUGGGAGACGGCUGUGCCGUCUGUCUUUAUGAGAUCGAACCCUGGGAGGAGGUUCGGCGUCUAAGCAACUGCCGACAUGUAUUUCAUCGCUGCUGCCUCGAUCGGUGGAUGCAGCACGAUCAUCGAACCUGCCCUCUCUGCCGGACCCCCCUCAUCCCAGAGGAGAUGCAGGAAGCCUUCAAUCUCCGGUUAUGGGCUGCUGCCGGCAUUCCAGACUCCGAUUCCGGUGAUUUCCCUUCACCUUCAUCGGCCUCCUCGUUUCCGCCUCUUUCGCCCGCUCUUCUUUAGCCAGCGGCGCGAUGAAGAAAAUGGUACGAUCUACCAGUUUAAGAUCUUUAACUGUAAAUAGAUCCAUGGGAGGCAAAAAUUAAAUACAGUUAAAGUAGAAAAAUCUUAAAGGAAUUUUGAAAUUUAGUUCGCAAGUUUCUAAUUCCUUCUGUACAGUUCCGAUUUAAUCAACCUCCGGGUCAGAACUUAUAAGCUUUUUUCUGCUUUGAGUUAACGACUGAAAAAGGAUUGAUGAUCUUAACUAAAAGAUGCGAGUAAAUUUGAAUGUAAAAUUGGAUCCAUGAAGGGUCUGUCUUCUCAUGAUUUGGUGAGAAACCUAUGCCAAAAAAGGAGAGUGUUCGGUACAGCUUUUGUUAUUCAAGGAUUUUUCUUACCUUAUUUUUCUUGCUUUUGACUGGGGUGUUUUGUCUGUGAUUAAAGUAAUGUUGUUUGGUGUUUGAGUUUUUCAAAGUUUCUUCUGACCGGUUCCACCGGGGACGAAGAGUCUAAGCAGUGCUUUCUUAAGUUGUUUUCCA